ACAAAGUCAAAAUUGGCUGUAUCGUAACAUUUCAUGAAAACAAACGUGCGUUUGUGUUAAUAUACAGUUAGCAGUGUGGUUAAGGUUAGUUUUAAAAUCAGAUUUUAAAUUGUAGAUAUAGGCGGGGUUUAUGACUGUGUUAACAAGUGACAACCACUCUCAUUGGCCAGACCGCGUGUGUGUAAUUUACACAGUAAGUGGUGCGCGGCUCAGUCAAAACAUUGUUACCUGUUGUUGAUGCUUGAAAGAUUCCACGCUUGUACUCAUGACGAAAAGGCGAGCUGAAGACGGUUUGUUCCACGACACGCCUGUUAAAAGAUCAUGUUUUCGUCCAUUUGACAAAUUUGAUACGCAGUUAGAAAGCAUGGCUGCAGCCGGGUGCGUGAGUCCGCCAUCUCUGCUCGCUUUGUUGGGGAGACGCUGCAAAAAGAGACCGUAUUAUUUCGAAGAUCAGGAGGAACAUCAAGAAACACUUAAACCGCGCAAGCUGUCAAAUAGUGAACAUCGGGUCAGUGCACCACCGAGUGUGCUGGUAAAUAAUUCUGGAAGUAUCCGAGAGAGUGCAUAUGCGGACUCUGGUUGCUCAACGGUGACCUCUAAGAAACGUGCACGAGAUAACACUGUCACAAGAUACGAUGCUCCAAGGAUUGUGACACACAAAUAUGAUGAUGGCAAUGACCUAUGCACUUUCAACUCAUUCCAGUACUGGAGGGUCCCUCUACCAGAGCUGGACAUUUCACUCCUUCAGAAUGGAAACCUCUCUGGAUCAAAUGGAGAACCCCCUGCCAAAGAAUUAUCCUGUGAAGCCAUGGAGUCAUAAAUUUGAAUUCAUGAAUGUCUGCCCACCAUGGAACUCUUAUGAGAGGUGGCCACCAGUGGAGGCUGGUGGGAGAAGCUAUAGGAGGACUGUCUUUGUCCCAUGGCUUGAAUAUAAUUAAUGGAACAGAGUCAAACGUGCUUUACAUGUGUCUGAUACCAUUCCAUUUAUUAUAUUCCAGCCAUUACAAGGAGCCUGUCCUAUAGCUCCUCCAACCAGACACACUGCCCAUCAGAGCCAUAGCUUUAGAUCAAUACUGUGUAGACCAUGGAGUUCUCAAUGUGGGGUACGUGGACACCUGGCCAGAUCUCAAAAUAUAUACUGAAUAUUACAUUUUAACCUUAAAUGUUAUAAAAUUAAUAUUACAAAAAACAUAUUAAAUUCCUUUUGGCCAAAGGAUCUGUGGAAUAAGUUUAAAGUGUGUAAUACAGUGUGAUGUUAUUAAUCUACAAUUGAUGUUCUUAACCCUGGGCAACAUGGGCCUGGGAGGCUCACAGGGAUAUUGGUAUCCACAGUACUCCACAAAUAAUCAAUUUGUCAACUCCAUACUAUUCCCCAAAAUUUUUGUUUUGACAUGAAUGCACUGUAAUGUAAGCUUUAAAGCUGCAAUGUUACCUCUGGCUCAUUGCAAAAUUGCAGCAUAUUAUCUUUAAAGCUGCAACAACAAAACAGCUCUGCCCCAUGACACAAUUUGUAGAUUUGCAGGAAAUUAGCUUUAAAACUGCAACAUUUUUGCUCUUUCACCUGGCCUGAGACACUAACUCUGAAAUCUGGCUACAUGGUUAUUGUACCUGCUUUGAACACAAGGAUAAAGCUGUAUGUACAGUGCAUUCGGAAGGUAUUCAGACCCCUUGGUUUUUUCCAAAUUUUGUUAUGUUACAGCCUUAUUCUAAAAUGGAUUAAAUAACCCCCCCCCCCUUUUCAAUCUACACACAAUACCCAUAAUAACAAAGCAAAAACUUUUUUUGUAAAUUUAUGAAAAAUAAACUGAAAUCACGUUUACAUAAGUAUGAAGACCCUUUACUCAGUACUUUCUUGAAGCACCUUUGCCCGUGGUUAGAGCCUCGAGUAUGCUACUACAAGCAUGGCACCCCUGUAUUUGGGGAGUUUUAUCCUAUUCUUCUCUGCAGAUCCUCUUAAGCUCUGUCAGGGUGGAUGGGGAUUGUCACAGCAGCUAUUUUCAGGUCUCUCCGGAGAUGGUUGAUCGGGUUCAAGU